UACAACCAGUAAACAAAAUGGCAAAUCCAAUAAAAUCAAAGUUGUGAAUUCAAAUGAAAUUAGCCACUAUGUUGGCAAUAAUAUUGUGAUAUAAAAUGUAUGAUUGACAUUUCAACCAACAUACUGUAUGAGUGAAACAUGAAAACGUAGCCUAUUGUGUCACUCUUUUAUGUACAGGUAAACAACAGAGAUAUUUGAUGAAUUAACUUGUUUGAGUUGAGAACCUGCAGCCUAUCAGCUACCAGCGUUGAUCUUCAAUCAUUAAACCACUAAACCACAGCCACCCCCAGACGCGUGACGCGUGAUCGCUGCCGUCCAUGCGCGACGCUACUGAAUCGCUGUUCUAACUGGCAGGUGCAACACGUCCCUCAGACUCACCGGUGCUGAAGCUGCGCGCAUCCCGAAGAUUCCAGCAUCCCGCGUCCUUUCACAGCGACAGUAUGGAUCAUGAAGCCUUUUACCGCCUGAUCAAACUUCUCUCAAUUUUGUUUUUCUCGCAUCUUAACGUGAUCAUCUCGCGAUUUGAUCAUCUUGGGAAUCGGUAACCUGAAUUAUCAACUCGGUUUUUGUUAGUUAUGCUUUUCAAUUUGACUCGUGCAACUGCGCUCAAUAAACUGACGCCUUUAUUUAGUUGCACUUCAGCAUCAGCAAGAAGCGCAGAGAGAUUUCUGGAGUGAAUCAUCUUCUGAACACUCAACUGGAGCAGAACCAGUGCCAUGGGGCCCUUACUCUGGGAAGGGCGCCUGUCAUGUUUUCUUAUCCAUGCUUCUGUUCUCCUGCUACUCAGCAAGGGGGAACGGAUGUGCCCUGUGCAUUGCCGCUGCGAAGGCAAGAUUGUUUACUGCGAAUCAGGCGCCUUUCAAGACGUCCCAGAGAACAUCUCUCUAGGGUGCCAGGGUCUGUCCCUGCGGUACAACAGCCUCCUAUUGUUGCUACCUUACCAGUUUGCUCACCUCAACCAGCUGGUCUGGCUCUACCUUGACCACAAUUCCAUCAACCUAGUGGAUAGACUGGCUUUCCAAGGACUUCGUAGGCUAAAGGAACUAAUCUUAAGCUCUAACAAGAUUGUGCAGUUGCAAAACGGCACCUUUGAGACUGUCCCAAACCUUCGCAACCUUGACCUGUCCUACAACCAGCUGCAGGACUUGAUGCCGGGGCAUUUUUAUGGACUACGCAAACUUCAGAAUCUUCACCUGCGAUCAAAUAACAUCAAUACCAUCCCUGUCCGUACUUUUAUGGAAUGUCGAAGCCUGGAGUUUCUAGAUCUGGGUUAUAAUCGCCUAAGGACUAUAACUCGUACGACCUUUCUGGGACUGCUCAGGCUGACAGAGCUUCACCUUGAGCACAAUCAAUUUUCUAGGAUCAACUUUUUCCUAUUUCCACGCCUCUUAAAUCUGCAGGCACUUUAUCUGCAAUGGAAUCGCAUACGGACAGUCGUCCAAGGUUCGCCUUGGACUUGGCACACUUUACAGAAAUUGGAUCUAUCAGGCAAUGAGAUUCAAGUUUUGGAUCCUGCUAUUUUUAGGUGUUUGCCCAACUUGCAUAUGCUCAGUCUGGAGUCUAACAAGAUCAGCAACGUGUCCCAGGAAGUUGUUUCAUCAUGGAUCUCAAUUAGCACUAUCAAUCUGGCAGGAAAUAUAUGGGACUGUAGCUCUAGUAUUUGCCCCCUGGUGUCUUGGCUGAGGAAUUUCAGGGGAACUAGAGAUGCCAGCAUUAUUUGCAGCACUCCCAAAUCCCUUCAGGGGGAAAGAGUCAUGGAUGCAGUGAGGAACAACUCAGUGUGUGAGGAGAUAUACACUGUGGAACCGACAACAGAAUUAAAUCUUAUUCUGACAACUACUACUACGACAACACUUUGGCCAACCGAAAUCACCACUACAACCCCACGCACCACAACUAGACAGCUUUCUCAAGUUACCCACAUACAAAGACUCACCCCAAAGGUUUUAUUUCCUGUUCAGUCCAACAAUGAAUUCCUACAACCCCUAACGGUAACACCUACCAGCCUACCCUUCACCCCCGAACCCGAGUUUGAGCAUAUGACCUUCCACAAGAUCAUCGCCGGCAGCGUUGCCCUAUUUCUCUCAGUGUCUUUAAUCCUGUUAGUGAUUUAUGUCUCAUGGCGACGAUACCCUAACAGCAUGAGGCAACUCCAGCAGCACUCUAUUCGACGCAAGCGCAGGAAAAAGACUCAAGAGCCUGAGCACAACAUCAACUCUCAACUGCAAGAGUACUAUCUAAGCUACAACCAUGCCAAUGCUGAGACCAUGGACUCUUUGGUUAACGGGGCAUGCACCUGCACCAUCUCGGGCUCCAGAGAGUGCGAGGUAUGACCUACCACUAAAAAAAGGAAUUCUCUGCACCAGGGAGUCAGAGAAUGCAUACAUGUAUCCCAGACCACUUCCAGGGGCCUGGAUGGGAGACAUAUCUACAAUUCACUGAGGGGCCCGUGAGAAAAUGCACCACUGCCCAUUAUGAUUUGCAGCGGCUCAGAUAAAGCUUUUCCUGGAUUUUGCUUCCGCACUGAGAAUUUUACAACACAAAAGGAGAAAGAAUUAGGCUGAAUGGGCGGCACACAUACUCAACCCUUCAUUUUGGACUCUUUUAAAAGUGGAGCAAGUGGAUACGGCAUCAAUUUGACACCCAGCUUGGUAGUCGCUUCGAUCAACAAUGAAUAUCCCCCAUGACGGGCAAAUCUCUCCAUAAUGAACCAGCAAAAUUUUUCUCAGCGCUGCCAUUGUUGCUGUAUGAUAGCUACUACCUGCUCUCCCCCAAGAAAUCAACAUCUACGGUCCGAAUUCCCAUCCAAUUCAUCCCUUUUGUGUUGUGUAGUGAUGUGACAAACUAUUCAUGCUGAAACAUCGGAAACGUCUCUCGUGAUCAGUGGACGGUAAUUGCUCAAUUGAGCACAACCCACAAGGAGGUUUCUGAGGACUUAAUAACAACAGAAGAUAUUUUUGACUGCUGUGAAAACAUCGUGAAGAAAAGCCCGUUUGGACUGUAACCUCACCAUGAGUAUCCAUUGGGAUUUGAUUUCAGCCCUUCCUGAACUUGGACACACCACGGGAGAGUUGAAUUGUGGCUAUCGUACAGUAUGUGUGUUGUGAAUGUGUUUUUUGUUCUCUGUUUAAAGCUGGAAUUGCCACUUUCCCUGGAUUUUUUAGGAGUCCUUUCUCUUUGUUCACAGAGAAAAGUUAGCUGACAAUUUUUGUAUGAGCAACAAAUUAUCUGAAUGUGAUGAAUCAAAGAGAGAUCGGCUUUUAAAACACUUCAUGUUUUUGAACCAAUUACAUCUGGA